UGGAACAUUUUCCUUUCUAUUUCACGAACUGUUCGAUUAGUUUCAAACUCCAAAUAGAAAACUCGACAGAGUGUCUUCCGAUUCCCACUGUCAGAGAGGAGGAGAAGUUUCUCUCAUGGCGACUUCAAUCUUGGUUGCUGACAUCUCUCCCGGAGGAAGUAGGUCUUCGCCGCGUCCUUCUCCCGCCUUCUACCGUGCUGUCUACGCAGAAAUCGAAGAGGUUGGGUGGGAGCGCCUAGUGAGAGCAGAGGACGACCUGUCAUCUGUCACCUUCCGCAUCCUUGAUAAGAAGGGUCAAGCACAUAUACUAGAGAUAUCAUUACCUCGAGACUAUCCUGAAUCUUCCCCUACAAUUGCUGCGGAUAUACCUUGUACCUGUGAGGUGGUGUGGUCCAAAAAUUCAAGAUUAAGUAAUGUUGUGCAACAAUUCAAUGAGGUUUCCUGCAUGUUCUACAAUCUUCGAUUUUUCACAAAUGAAUUUUGGUCAACCAUUGAUUGCAUAGAUACAACCCUUCGUAUUGUUAACCCAGAGGAAUCAUCUCUCACCGCUUCCUGCCGUCAGAUUGAACUUGGCAACGACUGCUAUCUUCUACUACAUAUCUGUCCUUUAAGACCAAACUACUUACCCGAGUGCCGGUUUUUUGGUCCAGACGCAGCUAUAGAUUCUAUGAGGACGAACUGGAAGAAGAAUGCUAAGAAAUGGUCAAGUGACAAACCAUUCCAUGAGAAUCUGGCAACUCUUUUGGAAAGGCAAUUGCCUGGCCCUCCUGUUCUUCACAAGGAUGAAGAUCAAAUUGACUGUGGAAUUUGCUAUGCUCGGUAUUUGCCAGUAGACGAUGAACUUGGAGCUGAUAGUGGAAGUGCCCCAGAUUAUACCUGUGACAAUCCCAGUUGCAGAAAAGCCUUUCACAGUAUAUGCCUCAGAGAUUGGCUCCAUUCCAUCACAACUACAAGACAGUCAUUCGGUGUUCUAUUUGGAGACUGCCCGUAUUGUUCUGAACCAGUUGCAGUGAAGGUUAACAACUGACACUCAAAGAAGGGUAUGGCUAACCCAUCUGUGUCAGAUAUCACUGCAAUGUGUUUGUUUAAUCAUGUUGUUCCCAAAUGAAUGUUUGUUCUAAAUAUAUAGAUUGAGUUUGGUUUAAUCUAUAUCUCAUGCAUCAAAAAAAUGCUCAGAUGAUUUAACAAAC